UCGCCGUUAAUAUCUCUUCAAAAUAAAAUGAAACCGAAAAUAAAAAGCACGUCAUUGGUUGUUGAGAGCGAAAAAAACGCCCUAGCUCAGCCGGAUAUCCGCUCCACGCGGCGCCGUCCGUGACGUCACCGCACUGACUCCGUGCGCAAGUGAGCGCUUGGUUAGGCCUGGAAAAAAAAACCUGGAGGUGCUGCUGCGCUGUUGAACGCCGCUGAUGACUCGCUUGUGGUGUUAAUCGCGGGUGUCUCUGAUCCUCGAGUGUGUGACGACUGGCCCCACGGUGUUUCGGCCGUCAACGACGCCAGUGCUCCUCGGAGAUAAGCCCUGCCGUGUCAGCCGGUGCCGACGUGAUCGCCUUGCGCCGCCGUUGAGGCGUUUUCCGUGCUUCGACGGGUCAGCCAUUGCGAGGGAGCGGGGGGUGAGUUUGGCGUGAUGGCCAAGAAAACCUACGACCUACUCUUCAAGCUACUCCUCAUCGGCGACUCCGGAGUCGGAAAGACGUGCAUUCUCUUUAGGUUCUCCGACGACGCAUUUCACACCACGUUCAUCUCCACCAUAGGGAUCGACUUCAAGAUCAAAACCAUCGAACUGAAAGGCAAGAAAAUAAAGCUCCAGAUAUGGGACACAGCGGGCCAGGAGCGUUUCCACACCAUCACGACCUCGUACUACCGGGGCGCCAUGGGCAUCAUGCUCGUGUACGACAUCACCAACACCAAGAGCUUUGACAAUAUUGCAAAGUGGCUGCGGUACAUCGACGAGCACGCAAACGAGGACGUCGAAAAGAUGAUACUGGGCAACAAGUGCGAUAUGGAGGACAAGCGCCUCAUUUCCAGGGAACGAGGCGAGGCGGUGGCGAUAGAUCACAAUAUUCGCUUCAUGGAGACAAGUGCAAAGACAAAUGUAAACAUUGAGCGGGCCUUCACGGAGCUUGCUGAAGCCAUAUUAAAUAAGCAAAUGGCUGGCAAGGACCAGGCCGAGAACCAAGAUAGACUUAGGGUGCUUCCUCCUGAAAAGAAAGUGAUGAAUUGUUGCUAGGGAAUGUUCCACUUGGCGGCCACCAAUCUGCGUAGAGCGAAGGCCACUUCGACAACACACGAGCAAGAGAACGAACAGACACACGACACACCACGCAACACACUCGCGCGCACAUCAGUGGGACAACACAGGGACAGAAGAAGUUCGGCGUCCGUGAGCAAAUGUGGAGACGUGUGUGGAGGAAGAAACGGAACACGAGGGGAAAUCAAGCUGGCUCCCCGGCGUCAUCUUCUGACGUGCUCUGUGCAUCCCGUCCCCUCAUCGCUAAAAUAGAAGCCAGUCUUAAAUGUAGCAUAUUGGUCCCGAAAAAGAAACAACCAUGCUUUUUUGUGCUUGCACCGUGGAAAAAAAAAAAAGAAAAAGCCCUGAGCUCGGCUCUAUCUCCUCCUACGUCACGAGCAGCGGUGAUCUCUUGGCUCUCUCCCCAGCCUUCUUCCCAUCUCUAAACCCUAUUGGGCCUUCUUUCCGGGCCACAUUGUGAUAGUGGAUGACUGGGAUGUAUGUGCCGUAUCUGUGUACAAGCUUUCUCCCGUUAUUUCUUGUAUUUCUUUCACUCCUGUUUUCUUUUUGUUCGCUUCAUUUGGCUGCCACAGUUUCUCCUCUCUUUCCCCCAGAGGAAUAGGAACUUUCGACAUCACCUUUGCAAUGAAAGCUAACUCUCAGCUUUAAAACCGCCUCCUGCACUAGGAGAGCAAGAGCUAGCGACGAGUGUGCCCGCCCAUCACCGCUUCUAGAGUGCCAUGCGUCAACUGCAUCAUCACCCUAUUUGAUACUGCGUAAGCAGACCGAUGGAAGUGUGGUGCAUCUCUUGACUGUGCUACUGCGGAGGUGACAACAGUGCAGAGCAGCAACAGUGAAGAGUCCCCAAGUGAGUGUCUCCAAAAUGGUGGAAACGGCAAGAAAGGUGCGGUUUUUUGCGAGUACAGCAUCCAGUUUGGCGUCUGGUCUCUUGAGAAUCUGUUGUUGCUGUUAAUCAUGGUGUGUCAAGGGCAAGAACGCGCUUUUCCAAUUGCUGCACAGUACAGCGACCGUCUUCUCCCAUUAGUUCCCCAUGCCUCCUCUUCCCCCCACCUCUCGCAGUCUGCACUAGCCUACUGUCAGAGCCUUAAGGGAUCUCUUCUCCUUCUCAUGGUCGGUUGAACUGUCUUGCCAAUUUCGUCGAGAGAGAUAGGGGAAGGAGGGAGAGAAAGGAUUUGUUUACUGCCUCACUUGGGAAGUGCACAGCUUUUUUUUUUUUAAAAACAAAUCGUGCUUCGGGAGAGCGCGUAUAGUCUUUUUUUAGCUUUUUUUUUCUCACGGUCCUUUGUACGCAAGUUCUGCAGAGGUGAGUCAUAUCCAACCGAUGGAGCGGCGAGGAGCGGAACACCGAUGAUGUGUGGAGGACUCGUAGCCCACAACAAAUGUGUGAAAAAAAUGACUGUGUAGUGAACUCAUUUUGAUUUGCGUUUUUUAUCCCAACUUUGCCAUGCUCGUCGGCUAGCUUGCUUUUAAACCUCAUGGCCUGUCUUUUUGUUUCUCUGACUUUUUUUUUCCGCAUAGGGUACCAGUGUCGCUUGCACUGCAUAAAAGCUUGUUUCUCUUUUUGUUUCAGUGCAUUUGAAUCCCUUCCCACCCCGCUUUGGUCGGGUGUUGCGUUUCCCACAGCUUAUGUCUGUCUCUUUUACAUCGAUUUCUCACUAUCAGCUGCCAGCAAUGUCGCAAUGCCUUCUUUGUUAAUAAGAAUGAGCCCCAAGUUAGGCAACAUUCUUUCUACUGUACAAUAAGCGUUCCUCUUUUUGUUGAAUAAAUUGCAGUUCUUCUAGAAA